GAAUGAUUUUCCACGAACACUUCCCUCAACCUCCUUGAGGAACCAUUCUGAAGCUGUAAGUACACGAUUAUUUUUAUUUGACGUCGAUGAGGACAUGCUGGCGCUGUCGUGCAUGCGGUGAUGACACAACUCGAUGCUUAGAGGAAUGACUCUGACUUUAUGUCGCUCUUCCAUGCUGGCUCAAUUCUCUUCGAGAAGACUACAACGGUAUCUGAGCAUUGCAAUAAAUUACCAUAUUUACUGGGAACGGAAACCUUCAGACAACCUCCUUCUAACAGCUUCAAAUUCAAAACAGACUCGACAUGACCCCACCAUAGCUUCAUCUUCACAAGAUGGCAGACACAGCAGCAAUCAGCCCCGUCGACCAUGGCGUAAAGACACCGGUCUCAGCAGCGCCUUCAAAACCUCGUGGACCUUCGAAGCGCGAUCAACUGAACAAGUUGUAUGCUCUCCCCGCACCUCUUCGAACAUUUCCCCUCCCGACCUUCGUCCCUCACAACCCUCUCUCACUCUUCCACAUUCUGUUUGUGUGGGUGUCCCAAACAAUCAAUUCACAACCUGCGCAUUUCGAACCACUCUAUCAGGGUUGGUUCUCGCCGGAAACCCGGUCAGUCCACGUUACGGACUCCCGGUCUAUCCGAGGGUUGUGGGAACAAGGAUUUUAUGGAAAAGGAAGCUUGAGCCGGAGUGAACCCCAAUGGCUAGAGUUGCAGAAGACGCGGGCAGGGGCCACCAAGACGAAAAAGAAAGAUAUAACUGCUUGGGAGGUGACGAAUAUCAGGCGGGCGGAACGGCAAGAGAUGAAGUGGGAGAGAGCAAGAAUUGAAAGAGAGGCUAUUGAACAGAAGCUGGCGGAAGAGGCUGCCGCGGCUUUGGACAAAGCGAUUGAAUCCAAUUGUACUUCGGAAUCGACAAUCACAGACGCCACAACCAUUGAGGCGGUUGAAGCCUUGCGAGGUUCUGAAGAACCACUGCCGGUCUUCAAGUCGCAAAUUUGUGCCCCCGUAGGACCUCUGGAGCUUCUCGCUCUUGCAAACUCGAAAGCUGACCUGGAAAGGCUGCCUUCGAGCGUUCCCUGCUUCGGCGAAAAUAUGGAUCGGAACUUCAUCGAGCGAUUCUACGCAGCUCCAGUCGACCCCCCAACACUCUUGGCGUUGCCAAACUCAGUUCAAGACUGCCCUCCAAGUGACCCAAUAUCUCAGGAUGUCUUGGGAAGCUUGCCGACGCCACCUCAAUAUGAAGCACCUGCCAAUGGUCAUGCUCUACCAAGCUUCAAGCCAAGUUCCAUGCCUGCUCCAAGUAACGAUGGGGCUGGUUCAAGAGAAAACCAUGGACUUGGUCCUUCUACCCCAAGGAUAAAGCGCCAAAAGAGCGUUCGAUUUUCACCUACCGUCGAGAAGACCACCUUCAUUCAGUCUGAACCACCCAGUCCUGAACGAGCGGCAGCAGCAACGACAAUAAUCGAGGAAGAACCUUUGAUCAUCCGAGAGCAGGAACAUAUCCAACUCACCCUUGAAGAGGCGUUCUUCCUUUCCUACGCACUCGGUGCACUGGAUAUACUCGAUCCGGAAACCAAGAAACCAAUACCAAAUCAAGACCUGUUCUACCUAUUCCGCAAAACAUCCUACUUCCCACCAUUAGCAAAUCCAUCCAUGUCUCCCGAUGAUCCCUUUAUGACCGACUAUGUCGUAUACCACCAUUUCCGAUCGCUUGGUUGGGUUCUGCGCUCUGGAAUCAAGUUCUCGGUCGACUACAUGCUCUACACUCGCGGUCCCGUCUUCACCCAUGCCGAAUUCGGGGUCCUGAUAUUACCAGCCUACAGUGAUCCAUAUUGGAGCAGCAACCCUUUCUUGCAAAACUACGUGAAAAGCAAAGAGACACGGACCUGGGCUUGGAUGAAUCGGAUUCACAGAGUGAUCACGCAGGUCAAGAAAACAUUAGUUCUAGUAUACGUGGAUAUUCCCAAACCUUUGGAAGCCGAAGAAGAGGCAAAAAUGGGUAUCGAUGCUCAGCUAGCGAGAUACAAGGUUAGGGAGGUUAUGAUGACGAGGUUCUCCGCGAACAGACGGAGGGACUGA